UGUUCAAUUGUUUGAUAAAAGACUAAUGCAAUCUAAAUUUAUUUCAAGCAUCUAUUUUUAUAUUUUCCAGUUCUUCUUAUAUAAGCUUUGCAGACAGAUUUAAUCAAUGUUUAUUUAAGGAAUAUAUUUGUAUAAUUAAAAGGAAAAUUAGAGAGAAAUGACAACAAUUGAUGAUAUAUCUAUGGUUGAAGACAACGUUUGCCUUCCCAGUAAAAAGAAUCUCUGUGUUCCUCAACAGUUAUCAGAAGUAAAUGAAUUAUUAAAGUCAAUCAAUAGAAGACUGGAAGAUUGCGCUUUAGAAUGGCAAGCAGAGAUUUCUCGCAAACAAUGGAAAAUUUUUAAUUCUAAUGGCAUUGGAGUAACUUCAUUUGAACGAUCUCUAUUAGCAAGAACAUAUUUUACAGAGAAAAAUCUUGAUGAAGCUUUCCAACAUCUACUUUCUUGUAAUAAAAUCUUUUCAGAAUAUUUAAAAAAUUUCAUUGAUCUUUUACAAGAUGAAGUAUCUGUUUCAAAUGUCAAAGAAACAUGUGAUGUACAAAAUCAAUGUUUUAAUAAAAAAAAAAGUUGCAAAGUAUUAGAUAUUACUAAUAGAGAACCAACACAACUUUCUUCACUUUUAAAUGGGGAAGAAAAAGUUCAAGAUUAUAUUGAUAACAUAUUAACAGUCCAGAAUUCAUUUACUGAUGUGGUAAAAGCUAAAAUUAACUUUGAUACAAAAUUUUUGGGGUUUGAAGCUGUAUUACAUAAAGCUACAUCUACAUCAACUGAUGCAGUUUGCCUUUGUCAAUGUUGUUCUAGUAUUAUGCAAGCUACACAUGGUACACACAGAAAAUUAAGAAGUGUAACUCUUAAUCAAAGAAAUCGAACAGUUGCAAAACCUAAACGCCUAAUUAGAUCUAAAAGAACAUUAUCCAAAAAGAAAAAAAAAGAAAAAUCAUCCACAGUAGAUGAUAAAACCAACGAUCAAUUAACUUGAAACACAUACAAAAAUCUGUUAAUACAAUUUUGUUGUAUUGUACUUAUUUCCAAUUAGUCAUUAAAUUUUUGUUAAUUUUUGUGGAUAUGAAGAAUUUAAACUAAACAGUAACAUAUACACACAAAAAGAUAAUUUCCAUAAUUUACUAGAGGAAUUCAUUUAUUAUUUUUUUACAUUAUUAGUACAUUUCAUUCUAAUGUUAAAAUUUUCUUAAAUGAUAAAUAAUCACUAAAUGAUUCACUAUUUCUCCUUUUGAAAGCUUUAUUAACUUUAAUUACACCAUUGGAAAAUUUAAACAUUGAAGUGAUUUAUAUCAAUUUUAUAUACUUCUUAUAACUUAUAGUUUUGUUUAUAUAUUAAAAAUAUCAUAUAAUAGUUUUAAUAGAUAUAUUAUAUUUAAUAAGCAAUUUACAAUACAACAAGGAUCUAUACACUUUUAUGCUUAAUUUUGUAAUAAUGAAUUAAUACUUUAUCAUUUGUUUUAAUAUUAAAGUAAUUACAAUAUACAUGAAUUCAGAAGCAGCAUUAAACUCUACUUUUUGCAACAAAUGCUGUUAAUAUUAGGUAAAUAUCAUUUUAUUAAA